GACGCGUCGACUCCAGCAGGAGCAGUAGCAGCAGGAGGGGGACUUGAAAACUUCACUGCGUCCAGUAAGAGCGGGGAUUUGGCGAUUUAGAGGCUUCCAGUCCAGCUGCGAUCGUCGGAGAGGAGGACCGGUCCGGUUCUCAGCACUGGAACCAUUUCCGGCCAACAUGGAUGAUUUAGAUGCUUUGUUGGCGGACCUCGAGUCCACAACAUCCCACAUCUCGAAACACCCCCUUUUCCUGUCUGAAGAGGCCGCCUACUCCUUUCCUGUGCGGGGUCAGACCCAGCAAGACAUCUGCUCUCCAUCCCAAGUCCCACCUACUCCCUCAGACCAAGCUCUGAAUGGAGUAGAAGAAAUAGAGUCUGUCAGCACAGCGCAGAGAAGUCCUUGGUCUAGAGAUAGCAGCAGUCUAGGCCAACCCACCGGUGGAGAGGACCACGUGUACAGUCUCCCUAAUAAACAUAAGAGCAGUGACUCAUCAGCUGGUGCAAUGAACUCACUGGGCAGCAACCUGUCUGAGCUGGACCGCCUGCUGUUGGAGCUCAACGCUGUGCAGCAAAGCACCCCUGCCUUCGCCACAGAAGAGGAAGCAGCUCCACCGCUGCCUGGCAGCAGCAUUGUCCACCACGUACAGGAGAAUGGAGUCUCCGCUGCAGGUAAAGCCAUUCCUCCUGCGGUGGAGAAGCCCAAACGUAGUGGACCCACUCGAGGAAUCGAGGACGUUCGACCAAGUGUGGAGAGCCUUCUGAAUGAAUUGGAAAGCUCUGUCCCAGCACCACACCCCACACCGUUGGUGGUGUCAGAUGAGCAAACAGAUGGACAAGAAACGCUGUCACAACAACAAGCCAGAAUGUCUGCCUCCUCUGCCACACGAGAGCUGGAUGAGCUAAUGGCCUCCCUGUCUGACUUCAAAGUGCAAAGCAAUAUCCAUUCACCGGGAAAGACUUCUCCCUCUCCUGCCCCCAAAGCAGCUAACAAGCUGGACAACAUGCUGGGAAGCUUGCAGUCUGACCUCAACAAACUUGGCGUCCAGACGGUGGCUAAAGGGGUCUGCGGUGCUUGUAAGAAACCGAUUGCUGGGCAGGUGGUGACUGCCAUGGGCAGAACGUGGCACCCCGAGCACUUCGUGUGCACUCACUGCCAGGAGGAGAUCGGCUCUAGGAACUUCUUUGAGCGCGAUGGGCACCCUUACUGCGAGAAAGAUUACCACAACCUGUUUUCACCGCGAUGCCACUACUGCAAUGGACCCAUACUGGAUAAAGUAGUGACUGCUUUGGACAAGACUUGGCAUCCAGACCACUUCUUCUGCGCUCAGUGUGGAGCCUUUUUUGGACCAGAAGGUUUCCAUGAGAAGGAUGGAAAGGCAUACUGCAGAAAGGAUUACUUUGACAUGUUUGCCCCUAAAUGUGGUGGAUGUGCCCGUGCCAUCCUUGAGAACUACAUUUCUGCUCUUAACUCGCUCUGGCACCCUGAAUGCUUUGUCUGCAGGGAGUGCUUCACGCCAUUUAUAAAUGGCAGCUUCUUUGACCACGACGGCCAGCCGUACUGCGAGGCUCACUACCAUGAGCGGCGUGGCUCGCUGUGCUCUGGCUGCCAGAAGCCCAUCACCGGCCGCUGCAUCACAGCCAUGGGCAAGAAGUUCCACCCCGAGCACUUUGUGUGCGCCUUCUGCCUCAAGCAGCUUAAUAAGGGCACCUUCAAAGAGCAAAAUGACAAGCCCUACUGCCACGCCUGCUUUGUUAAGCUCUUCAGUUAGACUCUGUGCCUGUGUGCCAAUGUGUGUGUACAUGCGUCCUCACGUUUGAUGUCUAAAUGCACAUGUGGAUGUAUGUGCACUUGUAUGUUUAUCUGCAUCUAUGAGUCAGUGGUUUUUCAGACAGAAGGCGUUAAGGUGAGAAAUGUUUCCUGACUAUUAACUCCUGAUACUGGAGGGACUUUCCGGGUUGCCCAACCUCUUAGGUUUGGCCUUUUACACUUUUACUAAAGAGAUUUUUAACAGAGCCCAAAGAGAUUUUUAUUUUGCUCCUGCGCUUGACAGGAUAAGGGAAGGUUUUUUUUUUUUUUUAAUUUCCCCUUCUGUGUGUGUGUGUGUGUGUGUGUGUGUGUACAUAAGUAAGCAUAUGAGAAUCAAGAUAAGAGCCCUGAUUUGCAAAUGAUUUUCUGCCCCCGCUGCAGGGCAACAUCCUGCAUCAUGUGGCGGUGAGUCUAUGUUGGCUAGUUUAAUGCAGAUAUGUAACAGUUGUUUGAUUGCAUGGACCACAGAGAGUUGCGCAGUUUUAAUGUAUGUGGAGAGUUGAAUACACAGUGCUUGGCUAAUGAGUGUUUAAAAAAAUAUGUAUUUUUCUAGAUUUGGAAACUAUUGAGGUGCCAUUUAAAAUAACUAUGAAAACUCCCCGUAUGUACAUAUAUAUGUAUAUGAAGCGCAUAUGUACACUGAGACACACACUGAACCAUUUCUCCUUUACUUGUUUAAAAUACUCGUCCAGUCUCAGCACACGCCAACAGCAGCUCUUGAUGAGACCAUCUUCAGGUGCAUUUUCUAAGUUGGUCCUCCUGACAUGAGUUCUUGUUUUUUCUACAGUUUUUCUAUGGAAAUGAACCCAGGUGUUUUCACAGUUUAAACAUAGGUUACUCACAUUUCUGCUCACAUUUCUAGCCUGAUUAUUUCCCAAUAAAAGUGAAAUCAAACAUUUCAUUUGAUUUCACUUAUAUAUUAUAUUCUAAUUAUAUACAUUAGAAUAUAAUCAUAUUGGAUCUGUUUGCGGAACUGGUGCAACCUCAGUGUGUGUGUUCUUUACGUAAACAACUUUCAGAUGAAAUCGAAUGACUACAAAAAUAAACAUAGGUCAGUGAGGACGGUAUAUAUAGUUUGGCUGACAUUGUGAGAAUUUUUAUAUAUUUUUUUAAUUUAUGAGAGAAAAAAAAAAGCCAAAACAAAGCUGAUUUCACUGCUGUUUACCUCCAGUUACCACACAAUAAAUGAAAGCAAAUUUUAAUCAAAAUAAUCUCAUUUACACAUUUUCCACAUUUUGCUGUUGCUACUAACGUACAUUUAUCACUGUUUUAAAUCUUAUUAAUAAGGCCGGGGUAAAGAUUUAAGAUGUGUUUGUUCUUUUCAUUUCAAUGCAUGCUAACUUCUUAUAUGUGGAGUUUGAUCAGCACCAGCUGCCAGUUGCUGUUACAAUCAGAAUCUAAAUUUGUAUACGUGUGAAACGCUCGACUCUGUGACACAACUGUGUUUUGUCACCGUUUUGAUGGAAAUUUAUAUAUUUUUGAGCUGCAGAGGCUCGGCCUGAUAUGCAAAGAGCUGGCUCUGUUGACAUGUAGCCUGACAGUAGUUUACCCUGGUCUCAUUCCUUCACACACACGCACGCGUAUACCAGCUUGGAUUCCAGUGUGUCAGUAUUUUCUUCAGUAUUUUUUUUUAUGUUUUUAUAUGAUUUGUGAUCCUGCUGUCAGAGUGAUAUUGCUGCAAAGCUCACAUCAAACAUCACAAGUUUGAUGUGAGCGUUAGCUGGACAGAAAUCACAACAUGAAACCAAGCCAGGGCCAAGCCUUUAGCGAAAUUCACUUAAUGACUUUUAGCAGCUUUUUUUGAAUUGUACCUUUUUUGCCACAUAAAGAUUGUUUUUUUCUUUUUGACAUUAAUCUCUAUAAAUUUAAAACUAUUAAUACACGGUAUCUAUAUCCAGAUUGUUUUUACUUUGAGAAAAUAUCUCUUGUGCCAAAUGUGUCAAUGCAAUAAGGUCUUAUACACUGUGGAGUUCUCAGCCUUUUCCUGUGAUUCGACUCCUUUUGGGCUGAACUCUGGGAGGGCUUCAUCUGCUGUGGUGCAUCUUAACCCCAAACUAUACACUGUAACAGACAAGCCGAGGUGAAGCCUGCUGUACCGAGUCAUUCAGCAGACACUGUGGUGUUCACCUGUAGCAGAUUGAGAGUACUGGAUGUAGCAGGGGCAAUGUCGAUGUUCGAUCACGGGGUUGAGUCUUCAGUUAAAAUGAGAAUGCCUCAUAAAAAGAAAAUUAAUUCUGCUCAUGUAUAUUUGUCUUCUUACAGGUAUUGCCUUAUAGUUUUUGCUUCUUUCAAUGAAUUCAUGAGAGAAAUUUAAGCUUUUUACUGUUAAUGCAGUUAAUCGACUUUGCUUUUUAAAUGGAGACCUUCAUGUGAUCUUUUCUCUUUGUGGGUGGGGCGUAAGCCUAUGUGGGUCCUGAUUCUUCUGCAAAUAAAAUAUCAAAUAUUUA